CCGGCAAAGCUGAACUACAAUAUACAGCUCAGCACCAUCUCCGCUAGGUCAGGUUACGGGAACCGAGGCGGGGCGUGGGAGGAGUAGCACUGCCCGUGCGUACUUCAUAGAAAUUCGGGUGUCCGAGGCUUCAACCAAGUCAGUUGUCAUGUGUUACAUCUCAUCUCCUCGCCUCGCCUGACGCAGCUCACCUGCUACUCGCAAUCUAAUGCGAUGCCGCAAAUUUUCUUACUUUCGUAGGACGAGGUUUGAAAAGCGACGAUCGUUGGCGAGAGCUUUUUCAUAGAAGCCCCAAACUCCAUCCGACUGAUAGUAAUACUUCGAGAAUUCCAUACAAACCGUUUCGCGCUGGUUCGUCGUGUCUGUCGCAGCAGCAGCAGUCGGGAGUCGUGACCCCCUCGAAUAUCCUCCCAGUCGGGCAGCAGCUGCCAGCAGUUGCGUCAAGUAGCGUCAAGUUGGAGCAGGGGAUCGGAAGCAUGGAGUUUAGAUCUACUACCACGGGUAGCACGGCUUUCAACAGUAGCAGCACUUCUAGAGCCAAGCCCGGGAUUCAAUCCGUCAUGGUGGUAGAAGGUACCGCUGCGAGCAGUAAGGCGGCCGUGAGUGCAGCGCGAACCAGCGGGGGCGCAGCGGGCAUGGCGGCGAGUUGCGGGAAGCAUCGCCAGUUACUGACGUGCGGUCUCGUGCUGCUCGGCGCGCUGCUCCCCGUGUACUUGGGCCUUCACGCCGUGCUCAACAGAUCCUCACCGCACGUCGCCGCUUCUGCGCCCCCGACCGCAGUGAUCGGCGAGCCCCUGAUGUGGCUGUACCGCCCGCAGUGGGCGGUGCCGCAGCAGAUUGGAGUAGCAAGGCUGCUUACAGCGGAGCAGCAGGUCGGGAGCGCGGAGGAGGGGGGAGCAGACCACGUGGCGGGGAUAGCGCGGAACGAGACGGGGAAAGAGGCGCGCGCGGAGGCAAAGCGGGCGCCAGCGUGUGGGGAAGAGGAGGGGGUGGAGGGGGAGUGCGGGGUGGAGGAGGAGGAGCGGGCGGGGGAGGGGUGGCACUUCAACAACGCGGCGAGGUUUGGGCGAGUGGAGGUGGAAGGGGCAGGGGCGGAGCGGGCUCUCGCCAACCAGCGCACGUGCUUCUCCGUCACAGCACUCGAUGAAGCUGGGGAGCCGUUCGAUGCUGCCUGCAGGCAGCGCGCGUUCUUCGUGGUGCUGCUCGCCUUCGACACCCAAGCCAACUUCUCGGCGCACCAACGCACUACCAACUCCUCUCACCUCGCCCGCUCACUCCUCAACACCACCAACGACACCAGCGCUGGCAGCAGCAGCAGCAGUGGCAGUGCAGAGGGUGGGGCGGACGGGGCAGGAGGGGGGGAAGCGGUGAUGCAGUCGGCACGAGUGACGGAGGCGCCAUCAUGGGAUGACUCUCUCAACGGGUGGACUGACCUGCGCAUGGCCGCUCAAGUCAAGUACCAACGCUCUUCGUCCUCCCACCAGGUGUGCUACACAGCGCCCUUCCCUGGCCCGUACGUGCUCUCCAUCCAUCUGCUCUUCAACAACGCCUUUCAGCUGCGCAACUUCCUCAACGGCUCCUACAACAAAGCAUUCCACCGCUAUCCAGUGGUGGCCUUGCGCAAUCUGCAUGUCGCCAGCCCUCCGCGCUACUUCCCACGCGCGUUUAGGCACAAGCUCCCGCGGUGCACGCCUGCCCUGCUGCGAGCGUCAGGCAACGAGGGGUACUGGGCGGAGCAGCAGUGGCGGCCGCACGCGUGCCGCCUGCACGCCGUGCAGCCGCAGGAUGCGCGCAAGUGCUUCCACCGCAAACAACGCGUGCUUCUCAUGGGUGACUCGCAGAUGCGCUACUUCUUUGGCUUCCUGCUGCCGUUCCUCUCUGCGGACUCACGCACGGCCUUCACAGACACGGAGAAGGCCAACAUGAUGGGCUUCCACGGGUUUCACGGCUUCCCCAAGGAAUUCAGCCCCUUCAACGAGAGCAACAAUGGCAGCAGCGUGAGGAGGGUGUAUCACACGCCCGUGCGCUUACCCCUCCCAGUUGACACCUUCUACGGCUCACUCUACAAUGGGUUCACACACAAGAAGUUCAACUUCACCAAGGACGGCAGGGCCUGUGUGUUCAACCUGACAUAUGUGUCGCACAUGGGGUCGAGCUGGGAGUUCCUGCCCGCCUGGAUGUUCAACGCGAGUCUCACGGGGGGCGAGGUGGUGAGGCAAGACGGCCGGCCGUUCGGCCUCGUUGCGUUCGGCUCCACCCUGCAUGACCUCAUCACGCUGAACUCAACACGGGACUACAGAAGUGUGGCAUGCUCGCAGCUGCUGCCUGCCAUACGGCGGCACUUCGGCCCCUCACGGGUGACGCUCUUUGGGCCGUGGGCGGCCAGGGAGGACACGAAGCCUGUCUGGCUGCGCUACAAGAGCAACAACGUUCGUGGCAUGGCGUUCGAGGAGCAGGCUGCCAGGUUACUGCCACUCCAAGGAUUCGAGAGAUUUGUUCCAAUGACCCCUGUCACACUUCCUCGACCUGACCUGUCGCCUGACAGCACACAUUAUUCGUGGUUAGUAACUCUUGCCAUGCUAGAUAUUUGGUAUACCACCGCUUGCUUGUAGAUAUGACAAUCCCCAUUCUGGUUGAAGUAGAAAGAAACUUUAGGUAGACAUUUUCAUACCUUUCUGGUAACGAGAAUUGUGUUCGCGAGGCAUUUAUCGCGCGCCAGCAGUGACGUGGCGCUACGUGGACACAUUCGGGAUGCUGGUAUACCCACGCAGCUGUUUGCAAAAAUGUUCAGAUACAGUCAAAACGCCAAAACGUCCUCUUCGGACACACCCUUAUGGAGACACCUACGAAUGAACAGCUGCAUUUCUGAAGAUGUCAUGCAACAUGAGAAAAAGCUACCAGUCACGCAACGUUCCUACAGGGUACAGCAGGCUCUGGCAAAAUUG